CUAGUGGGACUGCAACACUUCGGGAAGUCCAUAAGCAGUUCGCAAGAGAGCGUGUUGAAACCCCAUAUGAUGGUAGGAUUUUAGGUGAUAAAAGUAAAUUUUGUUUCGUACGUCGGCAGAUAAAUAUCCAAACAGCAAUGCCUUACGUAGAUAGACAAGGUAGAACUUGUGGUUAUGCUGAUAUUGAAGAUCAGGGGCAAGUUGGAAAAUUUUAUCGUCGGUAUUUUAUUAUUGCAAGUGAUGUAGCAGCAUUUGAAUAUUAUAUGGACAAUCCUCUUAACUUGCCAAAAGGUUCACGUCCCCUAGGUCAAAUACAGUUGUCAACAAUUUCAACAGCACGAGAUGCUGCAAAGUUGAGACCAAAAGAGCAGUUUUGUUUUGGCCCUGAUGAAAGUUGA